CUUGACAAGAGAUCAUUUCAAUUGGUGUCGGACCUAGACCUACUCGUGCUGAUGCUAUAAAACGUAUUUGAUGUGUCUCGGCUUUGCCAUUGCUCGCUCGCCACUCGACCAGCCGCCCCAAACGACACAAAGAUGAAACUCCGCGUGUUUCUCCUGCUCAGCGCCGCCCUGGCAGCGACCACUGUACAAGCCGUCGUCCAGCCGGGCAGGAAUCAGCAGCUGUUCAACCACAAUCGGGAUGGAUACCGCUACAAUGGACCCGCGCACAAGUAUCUGCCCGCCGAGGGGCCACCCAGCACGGAGGCGGGCAUCAUCACUGGGCCCUGGCAAUCGCAUGGCUCGCAUGGCAAUCACAUACCUCAAUUCCUGGAGCAGCAGCAGGGCUACAAUGGCCCCUACAAUACCCAGCCCUACGGACAGGGACAGGGACAGGGACAGGAGCCGCAUCGACAGGAAGAGCACUCCUGGCAGCAGGUGCAACACCAGCAGCAGAGGCCUGAGCCCUGGCAGUCCGCUCAGGGACUUGGACAGCAGGGGCAGCAGUACCACCAGCAGCAUCAGUCCCAAUCAUAUCAUCAGCAGCACCACCAAGACGUGGAAUACUCCACGGAGCAUCAGGGCAGGCCAGCAGAGCAUCAUCAACAAGGCUUUCUCCUGCAGCAGGAGUCACAUCAGCAGAGACCUGAAUCCUGGCAAGCCGCUCAUGGGCAAGGCUUUGCUCAGGAGCAGCACCAACAGCAGGAGCAGGAGCACGAGCAGCAGCAACAGCAACCGCUGGGCACCCACUGGCAGCCAUCCCAAGUCGGGCACAACUCUGAGAGAUUUCCCUUGGCUCUCGCGCAUGCCAGCAGCCAUAAAACUGUUGCUGCUCCUGCCCGCGAUAUCAAGCUUGUUCCAGCUUACACUCUUUCUAGUUUCUCGGAUCAAGAUCGCUUCAUUGGAUUGGAUGCUCUCGACACUCGCCUACUGAGCCAAUCCCUGCCAGAUGCCUAUCAGCGCGUGCCUUUCAACGCUGGACAGCCGCCCUCCAGGCAGCAGGGACUGGGCCAAGUGCAAGGACAGCGGCAUGAGGAGCUCCUGGGUGGCUCUCCACAGCAGCAACAGCACCAGCAAAGUCAGGACUAUGUCCAGAUGCAAUCGCACUCCUACCAGCUGCCUUCGUCGCACACCAUGCAGCGGGAGUGGCCCCAGCAGCAGCAGCAGCAUAACUCAGGCGAUCGUCACUAUUCGGAGAGUGCCUUUGCCUUGUCCUCCAACCCCUCACCACAUUCCAGCAGCCACUCCUUGAACCCAUCCUACUCCCAGCAGAACUACUUGAGCCAUCCCAGCCGUGAGUUCCAGCCACCUUACUACCGAUAGUCCUCAUCACCGCAUAGCCAGACGUCUCGCUGGGAUCCCAUCGCCUGCCAUAAGAUCCCUUGUCCGAGCAUCGCUUUUCCCCGUACUCCAACUUGUGUCUUUCCUAGAGCUGAAAAGCAUUUGGCUGGAGGAGGAAUUUAUUUAUCCACUAACUGCCUUUUUUUUGUGUAAAU